AUGGUCAAUGCAAUCGCCGAUUCAUCUGAUAAAACUAUGUCAACUGCAAUCAUUGUUAUUAUUGUGAUUAUUUCAGUGCUUAGUCUUAUCUUCUUUAUUGGAUGCAUUAUGAGCAUUAUAUGUCUAAUCAAUCGCUGUAAUCGACCCAGUAAUGCAAUGCGAGGUGGUCAAGUUCAUCAGCCACAUCUAUCAAAUGUUCCAAACUAUUCACCAGAAUAUCCACCACCAUAUUCAGCACUCUAUCCAUUUCAUUCUUCUUCCGGACCAGACUUUACAAAAUUACCUACACCCUAA